CUUCGGAUUUACCAAGUGCUUUCAAAGGGUGAGGGAGAAUUUCCUAUUCGAAGAGAUUUGCGAUCGCUUUAUUAAAACUUCCAGCUGCUACCCCCCGCGCCCCGACUAUCCACUCAGCUCUACGGGUUUAUCGCAUGGCGUAUAGUCGACGUUGAAAAUGUGAUAAAACGAAAGCUUUCGAAUAUCGUAUAAAAAUGCGCCUAGUCUUAAAAAUAAAUAAAUUUCACAAAUUAUUCGAAGAACGGACGACGACCCGUUUUUAAUCGCGCUAGGAAAUAGGGGGUACAAAGUGACGGAAAAGAUACAAGCAUAAAAUAAGCCGCAGUGUCAGCCCCGGUGAUUAUUUUCCACCCCAUCUUCUUUUCUCUGCUUAUUUUCUCUCCGUCUGCCGUAGUUUUUGACUCGUUCUCGUCGAGCAGCAGUGGGGUGGAAAAUAGAAAAAAGUACAGCAGUUAUAGACGAGUGCAUCGCAUUGUGCGUACUCCUCCUCUCUACGAUCGUUGCCUACCUGACGUGUAUACCGCACGACACGAUCGGGGUGGGUUCCAAAUUCAAAAAUGGGGUCUCCCCCUCCCAGGGGUUGGAAUGUACCGCAAACGCAAACAUAACGUGCAGCGUUAUAACGGGGUUCGCAAAAUGAGAUUUUAUUGUCGUGUAAUUUAAUUCGUAUUCAUACGGCCCUCGAUCGUCGAUGGCAAGUUUUUUUUUUUAAUAAUAAAAAGGUAGGCGAUGACGCCCAACUCGGGACACGAUUCUACAGCAACACCGACGAGCCCUCGUCGGCGUCAAACUUUAAUCAAUUCUUGUAUCGCCCGGCUGGGGGUGGUGAAAAAAAAAGGGGCAACCGUCGAACGUACGGCGCACCGGAAGAAAAAAUUGGAGCUGCCGAAAUUUUAUGCGUAUCGAAUCUCCUGGAUUUUCCGAAAAUUGUUUCGGGAGAUGAAAAGAAAAAAAGUUGAACCAAUUAGACGAUACAAUGCGAAACUGCAGCAAACGAUGGAAAAAAGUUCAUCCCAGCUGAGGGGAGGAGAGAAAAAAAAAAAAAUGGAAAAAGGGAAAUAUCCUGCCCCACGUCGGUCUGAAUAAAAUUCAUUCAGUUUUUUCAUGCGGUAACCGUCGCGUACUUAAAUCCUCUCUAACUAACCCAGUCCAACGAUAUAAGCUGUUCGGGGAUCUCUCUUGCAUCCCGCAGCUGUAUAUUUCCGUCACGUGCGUUCCAACCCACCUCGUACAGGUAUACAAGGCAUUUCGGUAUAUAAUGUCAGCUCGGCAAGGUUCUGACGCGAACAAAUUUUUCUCCCUUGAUUUUUUGCCUCCAACUUUUUCGUACGAGACAGCAGCGCGACGCGAUGGACGAAACGAGAUAAUUGCGGAUCGUUUUUAUUCCCCCGAUGCCAAAACUCUGACUGGAGAGAACGUGAAGCGUGAAAAAAAAAUCUAUGCGCGAUUCGAGUGGAUUUUCGAAUCGAUCCGCCUCGGUGUACGAGACGAUGAUAAUAAAGUGAGAUUCGAGAAAAGCGAAAUAUAUAAAAGGAAUAGCAGGUAUUACAAUAGUUGUGCAAGUAUAAUAGUAUGCGGCGGUGUACGGUAUAAGUCGCUGUGGGACGUCGGUGGCUCGCCACCCGCACACCGAUCGUCGUCGACAUCGGGGGGGGUAGUUUUGCGCAGGCUAGCGCAUUGCCUACAACGCGGUGCCGACGGGGCGGUCCACCUCGUCGUUCGCGCCGGGGGUAGUUUAGUUCAGUCGGCCGCGAAUCUGCGUGGGGGAAAGCCGGUCCCCCUCUCAGCUGCUGCUGCUUCUAUCAGCCCUCGGAUUUUAAUUAAUCGGUCAGCGUUAAUUCGCGCCUGCGAAGUGCGAAACGAAGAAGAAGAUAAAACAACACCAGGCAAAACCUGCUCCAUUAAAGUACAAUUCGUACGAUGUGCGGAAAGUUCGAACUGUAGAAUUAAAAAACCAUGAAAUCAGUGCUGAGAAAAACUUGCUGCCGGGACGAAUUUCCAGAAAAUUGAAGAAUACAUAAAGAAAUUAUAUUUAAAAAAAAAAACGAAACGUUGACAGUUGCUUUUUCUUUUCUUUUUUUCUUUUUGUUUUCGAUCAGCUGAAAAAUUCCAAAAUGAAAUUCUUCUGGGUAUCCGAGAUGAAUUUGGCGUACAGAAGCUUUUUCCGCUAAAAGUUUGGAAUCAUUUCAAGAUCUACGAUAAUCAGAGGACAACGAUCCAUCAUUCGUUCAGUUUCUUUAUUGGAUUUUAGUUUUUCUCCUUUUUCACUCACCCGUUUUCCCGCGCACCGACGAUGCUCCGCGUUGGAACAUUAGCAACGGUUAUAACGAAUCCCGUGCAGCCCGGUUGCGAGGGUGAAAAAAAAUGUAAAUGUACUUAUUUAAUGAAUACUAUAUAUGUACAUACUUAUAUGGCAGAGCUGAAACUAUUCAUGUAACGUUCCAAAAAAUUAUUAACAUCUUUCUCGAACCGAAAAGAUUAGUGAAAUUGGAGAUAUAAAUAUGAACGUAAGCCGCGCGUUGUCCAGAUACAAAAGUGGAUGGUAAACGUGCGAAAUUAAUGUGUGACGUGUGAAAUAUUCCGACAAUAACUGUAGCUCAGAGUAUAAAUGAAAAAUAAAUGAAUAAGGAGCGAGUGGAGGGAUAAAGUUGAUAGAUCCUCGGGGAAAAUUGUACAGUGAAUUGAAAAAUGAAGAAAAUGAUACGCCACACGCGACGAAUGUAGAUAAAUUUUUAUGUGUAUAAAACAUACGUACGAUGUUCGUACGGAGAUUGAAGGGGCGGUAGAGACUGCAGUAAUUACAAUAAAACAUUUUUAAUUUUAACGUGAGUCAUGUGCCGUAUUUGUGUGUACGAGACAUUAGUAAGAUUGCUCCACUGCUGGGAAUUUUAUACAUUCUUCGGAGCGAAAUAUCAUGCGAAUGUUAUACGAACGACGUAUGGGGAAGAAUAAUAUAACAAAACAAAAUUGGGAACAACGAGAGUCACGAUAAAUACGACGUCGGCGUUCGUCAACGUACAAUAAAAUAUGAAAUGAUAAAAUAAUGUCUAAUUGAAAACCUCGAUAAAAAUUAGGUAGAUAAUGACUUAGAAGAGUGAAGCCUGAUACUCUUCGCCGACAAUAAUUAGGAUAAAUGUAAAACUCGACAAUAAUGAUUAAAGAAAUAAAAAAAUCCAAGUGCGAAAUUAAACUAUACAUUGAUAUAAAUGAUGACGAUAAAUAGUGUAUUAGAAAAAUUAUUCAGAGAAAUUUAUUCAACUGUAAACGACAAUAAUAUCUAGAAUAAUUAGCAACGAAACUACCCUGCAUUUUGAUGAUUGAAAAAAUUAAAAAAAUAAACCAACGAUCGUUCAAACAUUGGGAAGAUAAUUAAUCAACGAUCGUGUACGUCAGAGAUAAUAAUGAAAAAAUAAAAAAUACGAAACCUAAUGGAAAUGAGGGCAGAGAUGAUAUGAGAGGAGACGAGAAAAAAGCAAAAAAGUAUAAGAGAAAAUAAACAACCGAGGAGAAAAAAUAAAAAUAACAUCCUUUUUUUCGGAAAAACAAAAAUGUUACAGCUGUUGGUAUUAUACGCGGAGAUUUUCCGCGGUGUAGAAGAAGAAGCGUCAGAUGUUGUAGGGGUAGAAAAGUACGUGCAGGUAUUAUUACCGGCACUAGACUAGACGUGACUCUUACGACCCUACGAGAAGAGGAGUGUCCUUUGGAAACGACUUGUAAACAGCCCGCGGCAGUCAGAGGGAUCCGAAGGAAGAGAGGAGGGUAGAAAAGGGGUCAAGAAGAAGGACGAAGAGGAGGAGGAGGAGGAGGUGGAGAGGAAUAAAGGAAGAAUAGGAAAAAUUGAAAGAAUGUCUCUGCACCACCAGUAUUACGUUACAACGGUACCGGACCACUCUGGAAACGGCUACAAAAUGCCGAGGGCAUCGGUCGUCCACGUUACUUCGUCAGCCACCAGGCCACACCACAUGGCGCAGGUAUGGGCAACCCUCGCAGUUUCCAUGGGCUCUUUUGCAGCCGGUUUGGCCAAGGGUUACACGUCGCCCGCGAUCGCUUCCCUCCAAGAAGAGGAACACCAUCACAAUUUGCACUUGAAAACGGGAAUGAAUCAGACCAGGUCCGGUUUCACCGUAACCGAACAACAGGCUUCGUGGGUCGCAUCUCUUUCGAUGCUGGGCGCCCUUUUUGGCGCCAUCAUGGGCGGAUGGGUACUCCGACGUGGUCGUCGCCUCGCUUUGCUGGCCACCUCUUUGCCUUUGACGGCAAAUUGGAUUUUUACCGUCGUAGCACCGACGGUCCAGUGGAUUUACACCACCAGUCUGAUCGGGGGACUGUGCUGUUCGAUUAUCAUGAUGGUGACGCAGGUCUACAUUUCGGAAAUCUCGACGCCCGGAAUCCGCGGAUGUUUAUCCGCGAUACUGAAAGUGGUAGGACACGUGGGCAUGUUACUGACUUACAUAGCCGGGGCGUACUUGGACUGGAGACAGAGUGCGAUGCUCGUUGCCGUUGCCCCGCUGAUGCUCUUCAUCUCGGCUCUUUUUAUACCGGAAACACCAUCGUAUCUGGUCCUGAACGGUCGCGACGAAGAGGCAGCCAGAAGUCUUCAAUGGCUACGAGGUCCCCACGUGGACAUCAGCCACGAAUUGCAGAUAAUCAAAACCAACGUCUCCGCAUCGAGGGCGAAACAAUACGGCCUCACUCUUCGCAGUAGCAUGUUGACCCCUCGACUUUACAAGCCGAUCGCCAUAACGUGCGGUUUGAUGUUUUUCCAACGAUUCUCUGGCGCGAAUGCUUUCAAUUUUUACGCCGUUACCAUAUUCCGACAGACCCUGGGUGGAAUGAACCCGCAUUGGGCGGCUAUAGCGAUCGGAUUUGUCCAGCUACUGGCGUCCCUCCUCUCAGGUUUUUUGAUCGACAUCGUGGGCAGGUUGCCGCUGCUGAUCGCCAGUACGGUAUUCAUGUCUUUGGCUCUCGCCGGUUUCGGCAGCUACGCUUACUACGAUUCGAUGUCGAAGACUCAGAGUCUUUCGUACGCGGACGCAGCACCCGUAGGGCAAUACGACUGGAUACCGUUGCUCUGCGUCCUCGUCUUUACCACAGCCCUAGCGUUGGGCAUCUCGCCAAUCUCUUGGCUAUUGAUUGGCGAGCUGUUCCCCCUCGAGUACCGAGGCCUGGGCUCCAGCCUCAGCACCAGCUUCAGCUAUGCCUGUGCCUUCUUAGGGCUCAAACUAUUUGUCGAUUUCCAGCAGGUAUUCGGUCUUCACGGGGCAUUUUGGUUUUACGCGGCAAUGGCGGUGUGCGGUUUGUGUUUCGUAGUAUGUUGCGUACCGGAGACAAAAGGGAAACAAUUGGACGAGAUGAAUCCAGACUACGCUCAAGCCCGGUAGUAUAAGGCCUCCCUGACGGGGGGUCUUUCAAACCUUGAAAAAACGGGUAAGCCGUUACCCGGUGGUGCCUACCCGAAUCUGCACCACCCCCAGGGUUUGUACGAUUCUAACAACACCCCGUCUCGAACCGGUGUUCAAACGGCACUGAGCUACUCGACGAUAUUCCCAGAACGCAAUCGAAAGUUUUCGGAUUAUUGCAGUUUCAUAACCGAAAAAACCCGGAGAUUUGGAAAAAAUGUCGGGAGUUUCGUUCAGUCGAAGAGUCGGCUUUAUCACGAUCGUUGCAUCGAAAACCAAAAUCUCGAGUGCUCCGUAAGAUGUCCCAACAUCUGCGUGACCCCGCGAAAUCAUCGGAACGAAAUCUUUUUGAAUUACAAUUCGGAAGACCCUUCGGUUAAUCACCGAAGCGACCGCACCACGGCCUCAACAUCGUUGGGUAAAAAUUUGAACGCCGUUAAUUCUCACCCCAAAAUAAGUCGACCCUCGAGAAGCGGAUCGAAGAUCUCUCGCCAGAGGGAAAACGGGGAAGAAGAAUAUUUUCUGAGGGCAUUGCAAGGUUACAAUCAAGGUCAGAUAUCGUUUAACGGCGGCACGAGGUACCUCAGGGAGUGCAGAGAACGAGAAUUGUAUUCGGCAACUAUUCCGAGGAGGAGUAGAACGAUUAAUUUCGAAGGAGACGUCACACCGAACGAGUUGAGCUACCAAAGGUUGCACCCUAGAAGUGUUCAGAAUUUAUCCGCUAUGGAAAUCGACCGGAUAUUGACGCAGGGGACCUACCCCCCUUACGCGACUAGGAGAAAUUCGAUCAGAAGAAAUUAUACGACGAGUAUAAGGCAGGGUGAACUUGCGGAGAAUUUAGGAGAUAACAACGAAAGAAUAACGCGCACAUUGGCGAGACUUAACAAGAGUUUGUCAAGGGAAAUGGGUAAUUAUGCGCCCGGAAGAGUUCACUACGAAAGGGAGUAUCGAAUUUAUGGUAAAGACACGGUCGCCCUGAUUUACUACAAGACGUGCUAUUUGUGAUGCAAUUAUCGAAGUAUUUGAAAAUUUUUUCCAAUCCCUUUUUUUGGUUCGUUUUAAUCUCGCUCUCUAUACCUUAACUGAAGGACGAAUCGAGAAGAGAAAAAAUCUCGUACGCGAUCAUAUAGGCAGAACUUCCAUACAUCGUGCCUUCCCAUAAAACCACGACAAUAUAACGUAUCAAAUGAUAUAAAUUAUAUGAUAUACGAAAAGAGGAGUAAACUUAUAUUAUAUGAAAAUGAAAUCUAUCUAUAAAUAUGUAUACAUGAAUAUUAUAUAGAUUAUGUUAUUAGAGAGUUGCCCGUACAAGAAUAUUAAUCGGUAUAUAUGUAAAUAUAUAUUCAUAUAUAUGUUUACACAUAUCAUAAUGCGAGAAUGUAUAUAGACUAGUUUUCAUACGUAAAGCAAGUGAAUGAUUUGGAAGAAAAAAAAAAAUUGAAUUAAAAAAUCUCGACAAUAUCGUACGAUGUAUAAUGUAAAAUACAUACGUAUAAAUAAUUUUAAGUGAAAAUAAAGCCUAAUAUUCUACAUUAUUUUUAAGAAACUAAAAUAUAAAAUAAACGACGACAAUACGAACUAUUGCCAAACUUGUAAAUAGAAUAAGUAUGAAAUCAUAUAUGAACAUAUAUAUUAUAUUAUACAUACAAAAACUAGAGACUUCUUUCUAUACAAAUAUAAAAAUAAUAAAAGCGCGGAGGCAGGUGAAUAAAUAAAAAUCAAUUAUAAAAAUAUAUUUGAAAACACACAGAAAUUAUAUCGAGUAUAUAUGAUAAUAGAAUUGUGCAAUUGAGAAAAAUUCUAAGCCUUCGUUUGUAGAGAGAAAUUCUCGUGAAAUUUGCAUUCAAAUUUUGUAUUUUUAUAUAGUUAGUACCAAAAGUAAUCACGAAUUAAAAUCAGAAUACUGAGGCCACGAUGAGGUAACGAUAAAUCAAAGUACCAGUUUCUGGUGCAUCGAGAAAAAAUCGAUGAAUUACUCGCUAUCGUGAUUUCACUACAUAUCUCGUCAAUCCGUGAGUCAUAUCCCCGCCAUAUCCGAUCUAUUAUCAUGUUUCAACAUUACUAGCCUUUUAAAAUCCGUGUGGCGAAAAAAAAAAAAUAAUAAUAUUUGAUGUAGAAGAGGGGGAAUCAAUUGAAAAUCAUGUACUUAAACGACGUAAAUUAAACAGGGUUCUCUUUGCCCAAGGAAUCAUAAACAAAAAUCUAAUCAACAAAUGAAAUAAAAUCAAAGCCAGAAAUAUUGAAAAAAUUGAAAAUUUAUAUUUCAAGUACGUUGAAUUUUCAAUGAAAGAAAUUUUGUCCGUAUAAUUAUUGUAGUUGAUAAAUGAAUAUAUAUCUCUAUCUAUAUAUAGAAAAGGAAUCUGCACUGUGCACUUCUGCGAAUUGAAGGUCUAUGAUAUUAUUAUAAAAUAUAAAUUUACCCGAGUUACGAAUGAAGAAAUUUGAGACAAAUUUUAAUCAAACAGAUAUUAUAUAUAAUUGAAUAAUUACAACAAAUGUAUACUGUAAUUAGAACAUUAAGUAAUGAAAUUUUGGUAUUCAAUUGAUUAGUUUUUUAGUUUUUCUCUUUCUUCGAAUCGAAAUAAUGUUAAUUGCUUUUAGGAUUCAUUAGACGUAUACCUACUUCUAUGUACAAUUAAAUUUAUCGAUAAUUAUUCGCGACAAUAAAACUAUAAUUGUAUUCAAAGAUAAAUACCUGUAACGAAGAUGAUAUGCUGGCCAUGCAUAAAUAAAUCUAUCAUAAAAAUUAUAAGAGAAGAAAAAACAAAUUAAAAAACAUAUAAUAUAAAAUGUAUCCCAGAAUGUAUUUUCCAAAAAGCGCAACGACAUUAAAAGAAAAUAAAAAUUAAAUAUAACGUUGAUAAUAAAGUCAUCUCUAGCUUCGCUUGCUAGAUUUAAUAUUUUUGUAAAAACGCUUAGCUGUAGUCCGUUUCUAUUUAUCCAUUACAUUUUUAGGCGAAAUGAUGUUGUUAAGCUUAAGAAAGUGAAGAGGGAUGAAAAUUGUAAUCAAGCAAACGGAAAAAGAAUGAAAGCAAAAAAAAAAAAAAGAUAAAAUAAUUAAUGUAGAUGUAUGAAUAUUGAUAAAACAAAAUUUAUGUCUGUAUAACUCGAAAAGUAAUGGAAGAAAUUGAACUGUUAGCUUUGGGGAAUUCAAUUGUCUGCGGGGCACGUCAAAAAAUUUGGAGAAUCUGAUACUUUCUAAAAUAUAUAUUCUAUAAGGCUGCUUAUCAAUGGAUUAGCAAUUCCAUAGCAUGUAUGGUAGAUGACGUGACUGACGGUGAAUACCACAUAGCACAAAUGACAGUCCUGCCGAUGUGAGAUAAAUUUUAAUUUUUUGAAUAGGAAAUACUGUUAAGUUGUCCUCUUAAAGUGCAAUAGAAAUUGAUAUUAUUUUUGUGUGCAUGGUAAUCAAAAGGACGCAUCUGUACUCAAGCUCAAGCUUAUGGUAAUUAGCAGAUGAAAAAAUAAAGAAUAUUUUACGUUUGUACCUCUCCUCGUUUAUAGGACUAAGAAGUAAGAAAUAUUAAAGAAUAAUGAGGGCAUAUAUAUGAGAACUUAUAGAGUUUAGCUAAAUGAAAAAGAAACAAGAAAUUGUGUGUUCGUAUAGAGAUAUUGUAUAUCACAGCAGCAAAUAGAGGAAAACAUAUUCAAUAGAAAAAAGAA